AUAUAUAUACAUAGAUAUUUCUAGUUGUAGUUAGACAUUCCGCGUUAGCCGCCAUGUCGGAGAAGCAAUUCGAUCAGAAUAACGUGCCUCUGAGCCGCAUGAUUGGCGCCUACAUAUUUGGGCUGUUGCAAACCUUCUUUCGUUUUAUCUUCCGGUUAAUAUAUGGCGCCAAAGGUAAAAGCAUGCCGCCCAUAACGGAUCCCAUACUCCUCGAAUCGGCCACAUCGCUGGCCAGAAAAAUACGUAACCAAGAGCUCAGCAGUGUUCAGGUUCUGGAAUCGUUUAUACGCCGCAUCAAGGAAGUGAAUCCGUUGCUCAACUGUGUCGUGGAUGAGCGCUACGAUGAGGCACUCAAAGAGGCAGCCGCAGCGGACGCCUUGAUAAAGUCCGGCCAAUAUACAACAGAAGAGCUGGCCACGCUGAAACCAUUUUUGGGCGUGCCCAUCUCAACAAAAGAUUGCAUAGCGGUCAAAGGCAUGCUCCAUACAGCUGGAUUAUAUUCGCGCCGUGAGGUGCGCGCGGCAGAGGAUUCGGAUGCGAUGGGAUUGAUGCGAAAGGCGGGCGCGAUACCCUUUGCGCUCACCAAUGUGUCCGAGAUGUGCAUGUGGUGGGAGAGCAACAAUACGGUGCACGGCAGGACAAACAAUGCCUACGACACGAACCGCAUUGUGGGCGGCUCCAGCGGCGGCGAGGGCUGCGUCCAAUCGGCUGCAGGCUCACCAUUUGGCUUGGGCUCGGACAUUGGGGGAUCCAUUCGGAUGCCCGCGUUUUUCAAUGGCAUAUUUGGGCACAAGCCCAGCAAGUUGAUCGUAUCGAACAAGGGCCAGUUUCCUAGUCCGUUCAGUGAGGAGCAGAACUCGUUUUUGGGUCUGGGUCCCAUGUCACGUUUUGCCGAGGAUCUGCGACCGAUGCUGCAGAUUAUGGCUGGGGAGCGAGCGCACCUAUUGCGGCUGGACAAGCCAGUGGAGCUGGAUAAAAUAAAGUUCUUCUAUCAGGAAUCGGAUGGCGGCGGUCGCAUGGUCUCCGCCGUCGAUAAGGAUCUGCUGCUGGCCAUGCGCCGAGUGGCUGACCAUUUGAGCAAGAAAUUCGGCGCUGGUCAGGUGAAGCAGGUUCAGCUGCCGCAGAUACGCCAAUCAGCGGCCAUUUGGUUUGCCAACAUGCGAGAUGACUCCGGUCACGGUUUCAGCUACCAGCUGGGUGACUUGCGCUACGAUAUCAACACCUAUCUGGAGCUGCUCAAGUGGCUGGUGGGCGCCUCCAAGCAUACACUGAUUGGUCUGAUCACUGCCGUAAUGGACAAUGCCCAGUGCCAGCAUGGCUCCUCCAAGUACAAGCACAUGGUGGCCAAGCGGGAUGACCUGCGUGCCACACUACAGCAGCUGCUGGGCGACAAUGGCGUGCUCAUCUAUCCCACGCAUCCCACUGUAGCGCCCUAUCACAACGAGCCCCUGACGCGCCCCAUCAACUUCUCAUAUACGGGCAUAGUCAACGUGCUGGGCUUCCCGGCCACAGCUGUGCCGCUUGGCUUGGGCAGCGAGGGCUUGCCGCUGGGCGUGCAGGUCAUAGCGAACUUUAAUGAGGACCGAUUGUGCCUGGCCGUAGCCGAGGAGCUGGAGCGUGCCUUCGGCGGCUGGCAGCGCCCCGAGGUGCGACUGUGAUGCGGACGCUUUUAUUAUAAAUAA